GCGCGCGAUUGCUCUCUAGAACGCGACGACGCAUGUGAAAAUUGUAUCAAUUUUAUUAAUCGAGCUGGAUACGAAAACAUAAAGUUGACAAGUUCUAUAAAAUCUUGGCCGAGCUACUAAUAUUUGGUUAAUUUAUUUACAACCAAAUUAUAACAAUCCUAAUCUCACACAAAUCCAUAGGAUGAGUCUUCCGCAGUAUAAGAAGGACUUCCUGCGGGCUGCCGUCGAGGGCGGCGCCCUACGGUUCGGGUCUUUCGAAUUGAAGUCGAAGCGGACAUCGCCCUACUUCUUCAAUGCGGGCGACUUCUAUACUGGCGAGCUGCAUGAGCCCAUCAUGGAUGCAUACGCCCAAACUAUUGCCACAAGCGAGCUGGCCGACGGUUUCGAUGUCAUCUUCGGCCCGGCUUAUAAGGGUAUCCCAUUAGCCGCCACCGUCUUCUACGCCUUGAUUAAGCUAGACCGCGCCAAGUACCGCCACGCCGCCUAUAGCUUCGAUCGCAAGGAGGCGAAGGAUCAUGGCGAGGGCGGCAGCAUCGUCGGAUCGCCGCUAAAAGACAAGCGUGUUCUCAUCAUUGACGACGUCGUGUCCGCCGGCACAGCCAAACGCCAGGCCAUCGACAUGAUCCGAGCCGCUGGUGGCACUGUUGUAGGAAUUAUUGUCGCACUAGAUCGUCAGGAAACCUUGCCAGAGGGUGACGGCAAGACAAGCGCCAUCGGCCAGUUAAAGAAGGAGUAUCAGAUCCCUAUCAUCCCUAUCGUGAAGCUCGACGACAUCAUCGACGGUAUGAAGGGUGUUAUCUCGGAAGCUGACAUCAAGAGCAUCGAGGAGUACCGUACUAAGUACGGAGCCAGCGAUUGAUUGGUUAGUGUCACGAAGAGCGCGUUGCUCGAGUCAUCAUCAUUAAGUUGGUUAUUAUUAGACACGGGUAGGUUUCCGAUGAUCGAUGCAAGAUCGAGACGGACCGUUCAAAAAAUCGUAGAUUAAAUUAAUCAGGUAGAUAAAAAGUAAAAUGUUUAUGCAGUGAGAGCUGCCUGUCGUCGGAAGUCGACAGACGCAGACGCAGACGGAGAAGCAUUGUCCAAUAGGCUUUUACUUGAGUAUACGAUACGAUACCCCCUUUCCCCUUUCCGGCGGAAAAUUAUAAAAAAUUAUAUGCAUUUAUGCAUUUAUACGGCAUAAUCUUAAACGUGGCUUACGGCACGAACGAGUGGCGCCUCUUUGUUCAAGUUCAAAUCCCGAAUUUUUGAGGCGAAAAUAAUAAAUCAUGUCGUAUAACCACAAAUGACGGCACGACUAACAAUCUGCAUAUACUACUUACAGGCAAUGCGGAACAUGUAAGAUCCAAGAAUACCUAAAAAGAUCCCGUCAUCCCGAAAUCGUACUGUACAAUAAAAACAGGAGGCGAAAAAAGGCAGGUGAAAAUUAAUAAUAAUAAUUAUUAUUUAUUAUUAUUAAAAAAAAAUAUUAUCGAAACACAAAAAAAAAAAAAAAAAAAA